AUGUUGCAAGAGAACAGCCAAGAGUAUGGCGGUAAUUGUCAACAACAAUGGCUCACGAUGAUUGUUGAAGCAAUUUGGGACUACAAUGAAUUCUUUCAUCAACGAUUUUAUGAAGCCAUAACUCACAAGAGAUCUUGCAUGCAAACAAUGAAUUGUCCUCGUUCUUGCUUGGAUGAUGAUUAUGAAUAUAUUCUACGAAAUGAUAAUAAUAACCAUACUAAUCAAGAAGAUACAUCUUGUUUUGCAAGACAAAAACAAGCAUUAGCAAUUUCGGAAUUGUUUUUCUACGCCUAUUCCCACAAAUACAACAUUCCGCAGCUCAAAUCAACAACAAAUUUAUCAUCAUCUUCUUUUGAGAUAAUAGAUCCUAAUAGUGAUCAGGACGAAUGUUGUACUGAAUUAAAAGAGGAAAUUGAAAGAGAGGUUCAACGAGUUUUUACAAAUACGGAAACAUCAAGUACAGAUCUAUUCGCUCUCAUUGAGAAAGUAGUGAAAUCUAACAAAAUUGUAUGCAUGUUCCUUCCCGUAUUCAAUAGGAAUAGCAUUCGAUUUAAUGAACGUUUAAUUGAAAGAUUGAAAAUGAAUUUUUCUUCAGUAUUUGAUUUUUAUUGCACAAAAGAAACUGGAAUGAUUUAUGUCAUGAAUGAUUCAAAUUUGAAAUUUGAAUGCCAGGAGAAUUUCACCCAGAAGCAAGAAUUACACGACUGCAAUUUGUUUUAUAGACAGCAAUUACAAGUGAUGAAAGAACAGUAUGGAUGGAGUAUUAUUGAGGAUGCUUGUGAUGUCAAUAAUCAUCAAACAACAAAUUUUAGAGUUUAUGCACAAAUUUCUCCUCAAAUAAUUCUCAAGACUGCCACAGAUUCGUUCAAUGAAUAUUGUCACUUUUAUUCGGUUGCGGCAGAGUUCGCCACAGGAAUGUAUUUGACAGAGGACAGUGUGAGAGCAUUGAGCCGAGUGUAUACAAAUCAAAUCGAGAAGGAACAAAGAGGAGAAUGCCAAAAACUUUCGGAUCAUGUAAUUAUUAUGGAGAAUGGAAAAGCAGCAAGUAUUGGAAUGAUUGUAUAUUCGAAAGCAUUAAAGGAAAAGACACAACAUAAUGACCUAUUUCCUUCGAACGGAAGUCAUGAUUUUGCAGGAAUAUAUUCAAUAGCUACAAGAGAAAAUUUUAGAGGAAAGGGAUAUGCAACCAUGAUUGUCAUAACGUUAUUGGAGCUUGCAAAAAAGAGAGGAGUAUCCAAAGUUAUUUUACAUGCAUCAGAGCAAGGAUGUGGGCUUUAUUCAAAAAUUGGAUUCGAGAAGAAAAUGCAAAUAGAUGUUUGCUCGAUUGCCUUGUUGUCUACAGUAAAGUAA